AUGAAAUGCUUCUCUCGUUACCUGCCUUACAUCUUCAGACCUCCAAACACCAUCCUCUCUUCCAGCUGCCACACGGAAGCUGACAUUAUCUCUACGGUAGAAUUCAACCACACGGGAGAGUUACUAGCGACAGGGGACAAGGGGGGUCGGGUUGUAAUAUUUCAGCGAGAACAGGAGGUGCCUGUGGAGGAGCAAACUCCAGCUGUUGUCUUGGGAUCUAUCCUGGUGUUGAAAUUCAGGCUUCCUUCAUUUCAGAGCUUAGAGAUAGAAGAAAAAAUCAAUAAGAUAAGAUGGCUCCCUCAGCAGAAUGCAGCCUACUUUCUUCUGUCUACCAACGAUAAAACUGUGAAGCUGUGGAAAGUCAGUGAGCGUGAUAAGAGGCCAGAAGGCUACAACCUGAAAGAUGAGGAGGGCCGGCUCCGGGAUCCUGCUACCAUCACAACCCUUCGGGUGCCCGUCCUGAGACCCAUGGACCUGAUGGUGGAGGCCACCCCACGAAGAGUGUUUGCCAAUGCGCACACAUACCACAUCAACUCCAUCUCUGUCAACAGCGACUACGAGACCUACAUGUCUGCUGAUGACCUGAGGAUUAAUCUGUGGAACUUUGAGAUAACCAAUCAGAGUUUUAAUAUUGUGGACAUCAAGCCAGCCAACAUGGAGGAGCUCACAGAGGUGAUCACAGCAGCUGAGUUCCACCCCCAUCACUGCAACACCUUUGUAUACAGCAGCAGCAAGGGGACAAUCCGGCUGUGUGACAUGCGGGCAUCUGCCCUGUGUGACAGGCACACCAAGUUUUUUGAAGAGCCGGAAGAUCCAAGCAACAGAUCGUUUUUCUCCGAAAUUAUCUCUUCAAUUUCGGAUGUGAAGUUCAGCCACAGUGGGAGGUAUAUCAUGACCAGAGACUAUCUGACCGUGAAAGUCUGGGAUCUCAACAUGGAAAAUCUCCAAAUCGAGACUUACCAGGUUCAUGACUACCUCCGCAGCAAGUUGUGCUCCCUCUACGAAAAUGACUGCAUUUUUGAUAAAUUUGAGUGUGUGUGGAAUGGGUCAGACAGUGUCAUCAUGACGGGCUCCUACAACAACUUCUUCAGGAUGUUCGAC